UCGCGCCGCCGCCCAGCAGCCGCAAGCAACAGCUCUCCCUCGAAGGCGCCGCCCACUCGUCUCCUUCCUCCGCGAUGCCGUCAGCGUGCGUGGUGGGCGCGGGCGUCGUGGGGCUCACGACGGCCACGCUGCUGCAGGAGGCGCGGCCGGACGUCAAGGUCACGCUGUUCGCGGACAAGUUCGAGGAAGCCACCACCAGCGUGGGCGCCGCGGGCAUCUUCACGCCCUCCGCCAUGUUCCGCGGACCCUCGCAGGAGGUCACGUGGCGCUGGCUCGCCGACGGCUUCGCCCACUACUCGCGGCUCCUGCAGACCCCCGAUGCGGACGAGGCGGGCGUCAGGGAGCUGUCGGGCUACACGCUGUCGGUGAACAACCCUGACGCCGUGAGGACGCCCAUCGAGUCCCUGACGGAGUACCGGCUGCUGACCCCGCAGGAGGUGCGCAGCUUCAGCGGCUCCUGGAAGUACGGCUCCUUCUUGAAGACGCUCCUGGUGGAGAACCAGCGCCACCUGCCGUACCUCAUGAAGAAGUUCCGGCGCCGAGGAGGACAGGCCAUAAGUUGUCACGUGACCAGCCUAGAGGAGCUCGCCGACGAGUUCGACGUCGUCUGCAACUGCUCGGGUCUCGGCGCGCGAGUACUGGCCGGGGACCACGACGUCCUGCCUGUGCGUGGACAGAUCUUCCAGGUGCGAGCCCCGUGGAUCAAGGAAUUCAUCUUCACGGACCAAGACGCUUACAUCAUCCCAGGCCUCGAGCACGUCACCCUCGGAGGGACGCGCCAGUUCGCCAACAGCAAGCUCACCGUCGACGAGUUCGAUUCGCGAGCCAUCUGGGAAAAGUGCAACAGGCUUGUGCCCAGCCUCAAGGAUGCCAAGGUGGUGCGGGAGUGGGUUGGCCUCCGCCCCUACCGCCACGUCGUCAGGGUCGAGCGCGAGGUCAUCAAGUCCAAGCGGGGGAAGCCCACACACGUGGUGCACAACUACGGCCACGGGUCCUACGGCGUGAUGGGGGCGCCGGGCACCGCCAUGCACGCGGUGCGCCUCGCCGUAGAGGCACUCGACGCCGGCACCAAGGCCAGGCUGUAGGAGAGGGACCUGGAGGCGAGGCAGGCAGGAAGGGGCGCUGAGUGAAACAGAGGCUUGUCUUUAUGUGGGAUAAACCAGUG